AGGCGAGAAGAAGUAAGUGAACGGCCGACGCCAGCAUCUCAGUCCCAGCGCCGCCAUCUCUCUCGCUCCGCGUGCGUGAGCCCUCUCUCUCUCUACCUAUUAGCCGACUGCAGACGCCGCCGCCAUGUCGAACUGGGGGCUGCGGCUGAACCCGUUCAGCAAGAGCUACUCGCAGCUCGAGAUGGACCAGAUGCGCUUCGUGCACCAGGCCUACUGCGAGGCCAUGGAGGUGAGCGAGGAGGACCUCCCCACGGCGCUCAAGAUGGACGACAACUUCUACCCGCUGCACAACCCCACCAUCUCGGACUUCGACGAGAACUCGUACCUGCGCAAGAUGCAGGACGUCGUGGGCCUGCUGCGCAACCCCGCCGAGGCCAUCAUCUCGAGCAUCUGCGCCUACCAGCGCGAGCGCUACGACCGCACCUUCACCUUCUCGGGCUACCUCAACGACCCGCGCACGCUGCUGCUCGAGGAGUUCAAGGACUGGGCCAUGCGCACGCUCGCGCCGGCCACGUGCACCACCGAGUCCAUCCUCAUCGAGGUGCGUCGCCGACACAGCUACGUGCUGCGGCUGCAGCACGGCCAGCAGGGACUCUUCCACUCGGGUACGGGCGAGCGCUCGCUGCUCGGCACGCUCAAGGACGUGCGCAACGUGAUCGAGACGCGCGUGCUGCCCACGAUCGAGACGGAGCGCGCCCACUCGUCCGCCAGAGAGCAGCUGCACACGCUCGAGGCGCGCGGCACGGACGGACUCAUGCACGGCGUGCAGUUCCUCUUCUACGUGCUACGCAACACGCCCAACACGCCUGCGGACUGCACCAUCAGUAACCUCCAGUCCCAGCAGCACGCGGGCAUGAAGGACGCCAUGGGCAGCAAGUCGGGCCAGAUGCUCGAGGUGCUGCUCACCACGCCGUCGUUCAAAGAGCUGUUCCCGCAGAACCAGGCGGCAAUUUCGCCUCAGGACUCAUUGCCGUCGCUGCUGCUGACGGACCAGGAGGAGGAAGAGAUGACCCGCACUGCAGUGUUCUGCGAUACCGAGGCCAAGCCACAGGUGCCGACGGUGCUCACGCGCCAGCUUCGACGCAACUCGAACCCGAAUGAAGUGGCGAUCACGCCCUCGGAUUUCCUGCAGCAGAGCAACUCGGGCGUUGUGACGCUCCGGAAGGAGGUUCGGGAGGAAACGUUCGACGCUUUCACGAAACUGCACGGCUUGCUGAAGCUGCUGGCGGAUCUUUUGGUGUCGUGCCGUAAAGCGCGACAGCUUGCUGGCCCUGGAGGUGACUUGCUUGUGUAUGGACCUGGCGGAGAGGAAGUCCGCCGGUUGAUGCAGUCGCUGGAGGCGGUGCAGACUGAAAUCAGUAAGGAGGUGAGCCAGCUCACGCGCAUUGGCGUUCGUGAGCUGGACCGCUUGAAGCCCAACCAGGAGAAGGCUUGGCGGUGGAGUUUUAGCAAGGUGCUGCCGCUUGAAGGCUACCUUGCUCGUGAUUUUGGCGCGUGUGUGGAGCCGAUUCAGCGCAUGUAUGCGAGCGCUGAUCCGUUGCACGUGCAGAAGAUGUACAAACAGUUCAAGCAGGCCACGGGGUUGUGGGUGGAAGAAAACAGCUCCAUUUGUAGAUAUGUCACGGCUGCGCUUGGUGGUGGGUUUAUCGAAGACAGACAACAGCACAAGCACAACCAGCUAGAGAACGGAGAGGAGGAACCGGAGGGUCAUGCGAAGAUCGAGUUGCUCGAGGACGACUCGCCAUCAGAGAUGAGCAAUGCACUUGUGCUGGCAGGACCUGGUCAAGGCGGCAGGGAAAGUCGGACGCAAAAGGUCUCGUCCUCCGACAAAACCGAAGACCGUAUCGUAUUGCUCGAGGAUGGCGAUUCAGAGAACAAUGCUAACGCGGAGAACCAGCUCGUGGUAGCGAACCGAGCGAUGGUCCCUGCUCCGAAGAAGCAGUCGAGCUCGGACAGCGGCUCGUUCUUCUCGUCGCUCGUGUCUUGGGGCGUGGGAACGAAGACUCCACCGACGUCAAAGGGAGGCGAGAACAGCCCCGUCAACUCAGAAACAGAUGAAGAUGAGGACGUCGAGAAAGGACCUUCAUCGACAUCGUCCGCAAGGGAAGCCGCUGAUAUUGCUGCUGCACAGGGAGGUGUGUUGGAUACGUUACUGCUCGUGCGUCAGUCGAUCCAGCGUAUCGGUCAGCUGUCGUGGGGAGUGCGCACGUCUUACCACACGUCGUCGAUUGAUGAAGGGGACUUCGAUGCGUUCAUCGUGCUGUGCUCCAUCUACGAUGGAGCUGGCGUUCCUGUCUCAAGUGACUUGCUGCUCCGUGUGCGGUUGCACCGUACGCGCUUGUCCCAGCUUCUCAAGAAGCACAUUCGGUCCAUUCUGAGCUGUGUCGUGGUGCUUCAACGCCGGAUUGUCGACGAGGAGAAGAGUAUUCCUGGUAUGACGUUGGUGUACCGUCGUUUGAAAGCGAACCUUUCGGACUUCGAGAGCGAGAUGGACGCGUUGUUGAUCACGUUUAAGCAGGUAAUGGUGGAGUGCUCCAAGAUGAAGGCGGGCAUUCUUGCGAUGCCGCUGUCCCAGCAGCGAGAGUCGAACGACGUUAUCGGCAUGGGUGCCUACGCGUACAACUCGAUCAACGCGCUCACGUCCAGCUUUGGCCCCGCACAAGCGCCAUCUGAAGCGAUUCUCUCGCACGGUGAAUACAUGACUCAGUUGAGGUCGCAGUUGGAUCUGCAUUGGAACAGCAUCUCGCACCUCUUCCAGAGCCUCCAGGGCACUGUGGAGGCUGUGGCUACGGUUGAUGAUCGUCUAAGGGGCUACGCCAAGUUCCCAGACAUCACCGUGCCACCACAGCAGCUGGAUUACAUUUUUGAGUUCAACUACGACGGCUUCUUCCGCCAGACGACGAGGGACUUGGAGGUAUUGCUCGCGUCCUUUGACACUUCCAAGUGAGCGCAAGCCACCUCACCGGACCCAUCGGCAGGCGCUCAGAAUGAAUACCUGCGAGCGAGCCAGGUGCGGCGUGAUGUCAGUCGUUAGUCCUGCCU